AUGAAUGGCCUCGCGUCCUCUCCAAUGGGCACCAUGUAUGUGCGUGCACUCUACGACUACGAUGCCGACGACCGCACCAGUCUGAGCUUCCGGCAAGGCGACAUCAUCCAGGUCAUCACCCAACUCGAGAGCGGCUGGUGGGAUGGCAUAAUCCGCGGCGUGCGAGGAUGGUUCCCCAGCAACUACUGCGAGCUCAUUGCUCAGCCAGGUGAUGUCGCUGCUCAACCUGCCCACAUCUCCGACGCGCAUGCUCAGCCGCACGCACGCAACCACCUGGACGACGUGGCUCCCGAUUCUUCGUACCGCCAUACCAACUCUGCGCAAGACAGUCAGGAGGAGGCCGCAUUCUGGAUACCACAGGCUACGCCCGAUGGCCGCCUCUUCUACUUCAACACCUUGACUGGUGUCAGUACAAUGGAACUGCCGCUGGAGAACCCUACCCAACACCAAGAACCAGGCCCCCACGAUCGCUACCAUGUCCUCACCCACGACCAGACCCGUCCUCCACCCGAGAUGCUUGCACGUGGCGGCUACGAGCGUGCCGAGUCUGAAGCCGACUAUGAAUCUGCAAGUGAGGCCGACAUGACGCGCUCGAGGACUUCUUUGCGAAAUCGAGCCUCGUAUGUCUCAAACCCUCUCUCUCCUGCGACUUCGUCCGAAUCGCUCCGGAACAAGUCUCCUCUCACCAGGUCGCGAACCAAUGUCGCCGAUACAUCCAACUCAAGCUACGCCAAUCAUUCCAACAUGUCCAACGGUACCGCAAUGACAUCCUUCAUCAACAGCCCCGUCACGCCUGCACAGAAAGACGAUCUGGUCAUCUCACGUCGCUGUUUCGACGACUCGCAGACAGUCCUACUUACCUGGAAUACUCUGGUCGAGGACAUGCGCCGAGCUGUCCAGCGCUAUCGAGAAUCAAUCGACAAUAGCAACAAGAGCGAGUUUGUGAAAAGAGCAGAGGAUAUCUCGGACCACCUCCGUCUUUUGCUUGCAGCGGGCUCCGGCACCACCGACAACCACUCUGGCAACCCCUCGAUCAUCUCGACUAACAAAGCCUUGUACCCUCAUUUCAGAGAAAUGAUGUCAAGCUUCUCCAAGCUAGUCUUGUCUUCUCAUUUCGCCGCCGCAGACUUCACUACCCCAGACUCGUAUUCCAAGUGCUUGCUGGAGGCCGAAGGCUUGUUGCAUGGUGUUUAUGGUUAUGUUGAAGUUGCGCGCCAACAACGGGGCGAAGAGAUUCCGCGCCUCACGCCUGGCUUUGUGUCAGGCAUUCGUUCAGGCGGAAGUUGGCAGAACAAUGGUCUGGUUCUCGGUGAUCCAUCCGCUGCAUCGCAACCUUUUCUACUGCAAGACACAGAUACGCUUAUCGAGCCCACUUCUCAUCUUGACCAGACUUUGCUAGAACGCAUGGAUGACAUGAGAAAGAACAUCUCCAUCAGCAUCCGUCGUUUGGACAAGCGCCUCGCUUUUGACGAGAAGUUGGUCACUCCCAAAAAGCACAAGAAAUCCAGCCAGUUGAUCUCCGAAGAUGCUAGUCGAGUCAUCGAGGCCUGCCGACCAUACUCUGCUGUUGUUGAAAGUAUCAACUUGGCCCCGCUCGGAUCCACUUUCAGAAACCCUCAAAUCAUAGAUUUCAGCACACAGAAACAGAAAUUCUACGACAAUUCUUCAGAGCUGGUGGUUGCCUGUCAGACAGUGGCCAGUCCUCUGAGCGACGAGUGGUCUGAUCAUAGGGGUAGUUCGCUUGAGGAGCGCAUAACUCACGUCAAACUUGUUGCGCGUGAGCUUGACAAUUCUGCUAGCCAAUUGCAAUUCUCACUGCAACUGCUAGCCGAAAUGAUGCCUCAGAUCGAAGCUGCCGUGGCGACUGAAGAUCACCGCAUCUCCGACAAUUCCUAUGCCGAAGGAUCUCUCGGAGGAUCAACCCUGAGGGGCAACCCUAACAGUAUUGGUCCUGCAAGGAGCUUUGUGGAAGGCCCUGAGCCUACUGUCGAGACGCCCCGUCUUGCAGAUAACUCGAAACUGAAGCGCUUCUUUGGUGAAGUGCCUGCACCGAUACAACAGGAGGACGUUCCAGAUUUCCUCAAGCUCGACCACGAAGGCGAAAUCGCUUACGACACUAAGGUGCAUCCGGCCCAAUUGCGUGGUGGUACACUGACUGGUCUGGUUGAACAACUAACGCGACACGAUCGCUUGGAUUCACCGUUCAACAACACAUUCUUACUUACAUACCGAUCCUUCACAUCUGCCAGUGAGCUAUUCGAGAUACUAGUGAAACGAUGGAACGUGCAGCCACCCUACGGCCUGAAUCCUCUCGACCUCGAAACCUGGGUCAACAAGAAGCAAAAGCCUAUCAGAUUCCGUGUAGUCAACAUUCUGAAGAGUUGGUUCGACAACUACUGGAUGGAGGAGAAUAGCGACGCGAAUCAACAGCUCAUGCAUAGAGUCUACUCGUUUGCGAAAGAAACGGUCGCUUCUGGCAGCACUCCAGGUGCCGGUCCCCUCAUGACAGCUAUUGAGCAGAGAAUGCGUGGACAAGAUGCCCCUGGUAAACGCUUGGUCCUGACACUGAACUCCGAAAGGACACCUACUCCGAUCAUUCCUAAGAAUAUCAGAAAACUCAAGUUCCUCGAUAUUGAUGCUCUCGAAUUCGCCAGACAGCUCACUAUCAUCGAGUGCAGACUGUACUGCAAGAUCAAGCCUACUGAGUGCUUGAACAAGACGUGGCAAAAGAAGCUUCAGCCCAACGAGCCUGAUCCGGCUGCUAACGUCAAGGCUUUGAUCCUGCAUUCUAACCAGCUCACCAACUGGGUUGCUCAGAUGAUUUUGACUCAAGCUGAUGUCAAGAGGCGUGUGAUUGUCAUCAAGCAUUUCGUCGCAGUCGCAGAUNGCGUUUACUUGACUGACCUUACCUUCAUCGAGGAUGGUAUCCCUUCAGUGAUCAAAAAGACCAACCUCAUCAACUUCGCAAAACGUAGCAAGACUGCGGAGGUCAUUCGUGAUAUUCAACAGUAUCAGAAUGUCCCCUAUCCACUGCAACCUGUUCCGGAGCUCCAAGAGUAUAUUCUCACGAACAUGCAAACAGCGGGCGAUGUGCACGAGAUGUACGACCGUAGCUUGGCAGUCGAGCCCAGAGAGAGGGAAGAUGAGAAGAUUGCUCGAUUACUUUCUGAAUCGGGAUUCCUGUGA